AUGUCUGUGGACAUACUCUUUUCCGGCUGGAUUAAGCCCGAGUCGGCGCGGGGCUGCGUCUUUAACAUCCAGGGAGGCGAGAAGUUCUGCUUCCACCAGGAAGCCCUUGAAGAUUCCCCCAGCCCCUCCGAAGGAUUAAUAAUAGAGAAGACAGAUUUUGCUGCUGACUCCUUGGAGUGGUGUGAACAAAGCACAGAGGGAUGCGACUCAUGCUAUGAGGUUUUUGAAUCCUUGAGGCACACCGGCGCUCUGUCAGAACUGAAUGGAGACGGAGAAAACUCUCGGGAGGCUCUGUUGGGAUCAGAGGACGCCUCCUUUGGCUGGAAAGUAACCGAGGGCGGCUUCUGUUCAGCGCUCACAAAGACCCGAAGGAGGGAGUCUGUGUCAGCCAAGGAUGGCCCCAGAGAAACAAAAGAGGUUUAUGCUGGCCAGUGCAGCGGUGGCCGGAGGAAAGGUCCCGAGAGCUACGCGGACCCCGGCGCUUCCCUGAAACUCUGUACCAGAGAUUCAUGCCCAGCCGAGACCCCGGCCUGUGCAUGGAACACGAAAACCGACUUUCGCCAACAGCCGUCGAGUUCACCGGGGGCGUUGAACCAAACUCAGGUCGAGAGCCGCACGGAGCCGUGCAAUGUUCCCAAAAGCCGACACGACACAAACACCUUUGAGGCGAAGGUAAAGGCUCCCGCAGACACUCGAGCACUGAAGGGGCACGUGCAACUCGCCGACCCCGCAGUCUCAGAAACUUGCGUCGUACAUAUCGACGGCCCGGUUGUGGGAACACGCCCACAACAAUGCGCACAUAAACACAACACAUGGCCCCUGACAAAAAGUACAAUUACAGAAAGCCAAAAGACAAAACGUGAAGGAACAUUCGAAAGCUACGAUGCCCUUGACGGAGAUGAGCUGCUGAGCACUCACUCUGAAAAGAAAGAUGCAGUUUUAAAAAGCUGCGACAGUUUCUGUGGGGCUACACAUGAAAAACAUUCGGAGGCUUUAGCCAAUGUGGACAGAGAAUUAGCAGAUCGGAGGUGCUCCAGCAAGGAUGAAGAGGACUCCAACGAGAAUUUAAGCACAUGCUAUAGAACAGGGCACAGAGUGGAGAGUAAAUGUAAGGCUAGUGCACAUAUAGAUGUUCCAGACCUCACAGAUGCAGUAAAAUGUAACACAAAUGUAGAAUACACAGACUAUGGAUUGACUGCAAAUAACACAAAGCCAGAGUUCAGAGCCACAUCAGAGGCGGUGGCCAGCGCACUGGCACAGGAGGUGGAUUGUUACCGCUCACAAUCCGAGCGUAAAGAAGGCAGUGACAGAGGAUUACCGGCGGUCCUACCAGCCAUAGGAAGUUCUGAGGAAAAGGCAUGCGUGCGAGACGUCUGCUUCCAGAAGAACGGACCUACCGCAACAGAAGAAACCAAAUCACCUUGGCUACUGAACGAAAUCUGCAAUCUCAGUGAAGGCCAGACAUGGGUAGGAUUGCCCUGCUCCCCUCCACAGCCUAAAGAGGAAUGGAAGAGGGAGGAUGGUCGUGUUUAUCCUGACCAGGAGCAAGCUGUGGACACAGGGCCACAGUGGGACCACUCAGACGAUGAGGUUUUUGUCAAAGAUGAGGUCCCGUACCAGUCCGGCCACCCGGCGCCAUAUCCUGAGUGUAACGGGAUCAAACAAGAAGACAAGGGCUCCAUGUCUUCAUCUCCCAAAACUUAUCACGUCCGUCAGAUCGUAAACCAUGGAGAAAGUUCUCAGGAUCACCAUCCAUUUUCAGAACGCUUCGCCACACCGACCCUAUCUCUAAGAGGCAAGUUCCAACAAGGAGCAGAAGCGAGAACCCCCACGGAUGUCAAUCUGAAGGGCCCACAAGAAAAUGUCCACCAAAUGGUCAAGCUGCCAUCCUGGGUUACACAGAAUGAGGGACGAUGUGCCGGCCUCUCCGGAGUGAGAGAGCAGACGGAGGUGAAGAACAAGGAGAAAGCCUCUGGGUCUCGUGGCGGGAGACAUUGCUACCGGGCGGAUUUGGACCCUGACGAAUUUUACCAGCAGCGAAGACACAAGUGUUUGGACGACCUCUGGAUCGAGCAGCAAAAGAAAUAUAAGAGCAAACUGGCCGGAGGCACCAGAGGCAGCAUGGACCAACUGGACAGGCUGUUACCUGAGAGGACCGACAAAACGGACGCCGGAGUCCCGUUGGAGCAGAUGGAGGCCUUCCGGGGGAUGCCCCUCAUGAGCCACUGUUUCUCUCACAGCACCCCUAUUGGUCUUGACUGCCUUGGCUGGAGAAGAGGCAUAUUCUGUGAGUACCUGCGUUAUCUUAUGAGCGUUAGAGGCUAUUUUCAACUCGCUAUUGCAGUGGUUCUGCUGCCGAGCCGCUGA